AUGAUUGAUUUUGCCAAAAGCAAUAAUAUGACUGCACAUAAAGAUUCUUUUAUACAUUCUAUUCACCAAUUUGGCAUAUACUACUCUUGCGUCGGUGUUGUCCUUUUUUUUGGAGGAUAUUUGGGAACAGCUUUAAUAUCUAUUGCUGCUAUUAAUCAGAUAUUUCGGAUACGAAUUUCUUAUUUAAGAGCUGCACUCAAUCAAGAUUUUGCAUAUUUUGAUCUCCACCAGACUGGAGACUUCGCUUCAAGGAUAGCCGAAGACAUGAUCAAAUUGGAGGAAGGCAUCGGAGACAAGGUAUCUUCUUUGGUACACAAUGCGUCCGUUUCAUUAAGUUGUAUAAUAAUGGCUCUGAUAAAGGGUUGGAAACUAGCUUUAUUGUGCCUCAGUACAGCUCCAAUAACAUUUUUUCUAGUUGGUGUUACUGGUAAGAUUGCCAAUAACUUAUACAAGAAACAAGCCAAAGCGAAGGCUCAGGCUAGUGCCGUAGCCGAAGAGGUUCUUGGUUCUAUUAAAACUGUUUAUGCCUUUAACGCUCAACAAUAUGAACUAAAACGAUAUAAGAAACAUCUGGCCGACGCAAGAAAGAUAUUUAUUAGAAAGGAAAUUUUCACAGGAAUGUCAAUGGGCCUAUUAUAUUUAUGCGUUUUUAGUUCUUACGCCUUGGCAUUCUAUAUUGGAAUAUACUUAAUAAUAAAUGAGCCUGAAAAAUAUAAUGCCGACGUCAUGUUUUCUGUGUUCUUUGGAGUUAUGACUGCCUUAACAUAUGUGGGUAUGAUAGGAUCUCUAAUGUCGACUUUCGGAUCAGCUCAGGGGGCAGGUGCCCAAGUCUUUCAAGUUCUGGAUAACGUACCCACUAUAAACCCAUUACUUGAUCGGGGUAUUAGGCCCGAUGGUAUAAAUGGUGUUAUAGAGUUUAAAGACGUUGUUUUCCACUAUCCAUCUCGACCUUCAGUCCUUGUAUUGGAUUCGAUAACUAUAGAUGUACGUAGCGGGCAGACUAUCGCCUUGGUUGGUAAUUCCGGUUGCGGGAAAACUACCAUUAUUCAACUUAUAUCAAGAUUCUACGACGUGGAUGGUGGAAGCGGUUACGAAACGUUAGUAGGAGAUCGAGGAGCAUCUUUAUCAGGUGGUCAAAAGCAGAGGGUGGCGAUAGCAAGAGCCCUCGUUAGGAAUCCCCGCAUAUUAUUACUCGAUGAAGCAACCAGUGCCCUUGACACCGUAUCAGAGGCAAAAGUUCAGGAAGCGUUAAAUCGGGCAGCUAAAGGCCGCACAACUAUAGUCAUCGCACAUCGUCUGUCCACUAUUCGAAACGUUGACAAAAUAUUUGUCAUGCAAAAGGGACGCGUUGUAGAAUCUGGUAAUCACGAGGAAUUGAUAAAAAAGGGGGGUGAAUAUUAUCACAUGUUCACAACAUCUGAGUAUCUGCCAUUAAAUGAGGAGUUACACGUGGAUGACGAACCUUCCCGAGAGCGUUCAAAUAUAUCAAAGGAUACUGUCGAUUUAAAAAAGGAUGUGAAAUAUGAAAAAGAAACGUCCGUACAACCUCUUUCUUUCCGGGAAGUUAUAAUGUUAAAUGCUCCAGAAUGGAAGAUCAUUACAUUAGGCAGUAUUUGUUCCGUAAUAAGUGGAUUCUCUAUGCCGUUAUUCAUAGUGGUCUUUGGUGAUUUGUUCGGUACCAUGUCAAGUCCCGAUUCAGCUAUUCUGAUGAAUAAAGUGAAAGAUGUAUCAAUUAUCUGUAUUAUAAUCGGAUGUGCUAUGGGUCUCUCAAAUGCUAUAGAGACACUAUCUUUUGGUAUCGCGGGUGCAUACCUCACGGAACGGCUGCGUAUACGGAUGUUCAAAAAUCUUCUGGUUCAAGAUGUGGCAUUUUAUGACGAACGAGAGAAUUCACCGGGAGCUCUGUGUGCCAGGCUAUCUGCUGAGGCUGCUUACGUGCAAGGAGCAACAGGUCAACGGAUUGGUAUAAUUUUACAAGGAGUUGGAUCCAUUGGAUUAGCGCUGUUUCUAGCUAUGUGGUUCGAAUGGCGAGUCGGUAUGGUCGCGCUUGCUUUCUUGCCAUUAGUUAUUCUAGUAAUUUGGCAACAGACAAAAGCCACAGACAAGGAAUCUCAGGGAUAUGCGAAAGCUCUCGAAAGUAGCACAAAGAUUGCUGUUGAGGCAUUAUCUAAUAUACGGACAGUUGCCUGUCUCGGUCGAGAGCCAGCCAUGGUAGUUGAGUAUGCGAAUUGCCUAAGACCUGCUCGGAGGCCCGCGGUGUGCGCAGCUCACUGGCGAGGUGUCGUGUCAGGAUUGUCUCGAUCUAUGUUUAACUUUAUUAACGCGGCCGCCCUCACCUACGGUGGGCACGUAGUCGCCGAUGGAGUACCCUACCAACAUAUACUUAUAACGACGCAAUCUUUACAAAUGGCAUCAUCUCAGGCACAGAGCGCAUUUGCUUACGCACCAGACUUCCGAAGAGGAAUAAACGCAGCCGCCAGAAUUGUUGACCUUAUUAAUAUGAAACCUACUAUUAUAGACCCUGAGGAUCCAAUAAGAAACUUUGUAUCAAAAGGGAAUGCGUCUUUCGAUCAAGUGAGAUUUAAAUAUCCAUGUAGACCUACAGUAAAAGUUCUUCGAGGCAUUGAUUUAAAACUAUCAGAAGGAGAGACCAUUGUUUUAGUAGGUGAAAGUGGAUGUGGGAAAAGUACUGUGAUUCAACUCUUACAAAGGUACUACAAUCCUGAUUCGGGAACUAUUAGUUUGGAAGACAAACCUUUAACACAUUUACGAGUAGACGAAGUCCGUGCGAACUUUGCUCUAGUAUCUCAAGAACCGACGCUGUUUGAGCGCAGCAUCCGCGAAAAUGUUGAGUAUGGGGAUAUCUCCAGACCGGUCACCAUGAAAGAGGUCGUGGAAGCCAGCAAGCUUGCAAAUAUUCACGACUUCAUAGUUUCCUUACCACAGGGUUAUGAGACAAACAUCGGUUCAAAAGGCAUACAACUGUCUGGAGGACAGAAACAGAGAGUCGCUAUAGCGAGAGCUUUGAUAAGGCGACCGAAGAUCUUGCUUUUAGACGAGGCCACCAGUGCUCUCGAUGGUGAAAACGAGAAGGUAAAAUACUCUUGUAGUAGAAAUAGUACAUACAUAUGUGUUUUGAUAUUCGAUACGGAAAUGGCUAAAUGCCAAAUAUAUAAUCUCAAAUACAUAUAUGGAGUUGUAGACCCUGACUGUGUUCGAGUUUCUUCAGCUCGUACAUGGGCUGGCUCGAACGGGGUAGUAUCACCUCUCACAGAAGAUCGGCGUGAAGUAGCCUUUAAUGGUGGUGCUAUCAUCUUGCCGGGAUGGUCGUACGUGUGUAUUGGUCUCUCACCGGCCGCGUGUGGUAGCUUCAUCACUGAUACACGUUUUGGCUGCUGGCCGUGUAAUGGAGAGAGGGACACAUGA